AGCUCUACAAAUUAAAAGUGCUAUAAAGAUUUCGGCAUAAUGAUUACGCUUAACUUUAUGACUCCCAAAUAACCAUGAUUAAAGAUAAUUUAUCUCCUUGAUGUCGCGCUAAGAAAUUACCUUUCCAAACUUUAGUUUGUAUUUUACCGCCAAAGUGUGCGCGCGUUGACAGUGGCGCGAAAUUGUAUUUUUUUUUAUUUUCCCAUCACGAAGUACAAGGUUUUGUCCUACGUGAUUGAAAUUCGAAAAAUGAUCACGUCAAUUCAUUGCCGCUAUUCAAGGGUCUGAUUGACCUGCGGAAAAACAUGAUUAACAAAAAUGUUAUGUUUCAAAAUUAUAUUAGUGCACGUUACUUUUUGUCUGUUUUUCAAUUCGACAUGUGCCGAUAGAGAGGAUGAAGGAUACCCCAGUGGAUUUAUGUCAGUAUGUCCCGGGUCUACCUUCCCCGCGGCCAUCCCGCGCAGCCAGCUCCGUUACCUGUACUUCGUGGUGCAGGGGCAGGGUCGCUCCCGCGCCAGGUACUCCUACUGGACCGCCGGGGAGAUAGCCUCGGAUCCCAGGAUAGAUUUUACAAGGCGGACGGUGGUGGUGGCCAUCGGGUACCUGGACAGCACCAACUUCCCCAUCUCCGCGCUGUUCGCCAACCAGUACGAGGAGCUGGGCUACAAUGUCAUCCUCGUCGACAAUCAGCGGUUCGCCACAGUGCUCUACUACCUAGCUGCGCGUCUCAUGCGUCCGGUUGGCAAACACGUGGCUGAGGUGCUGGUGGAGCUGACGAGGUCCGGCCUGGACCCGGGCAAGCUGGAGCUCGUCGGCUUCAGCCUCGGCGGUCAGACCAUCAGCUACAUCGCCAAGAACUAUCGCCAGAUGACCGGCCGCAACGUCUCCCGGCUGAUCGCGUUGGAGCCGGCCGGCCCCUGCUUUCGGACCCUCGGACCCGGUGAUCGACUGGACGCGUCCGACGCGGACUUCGUCCAAGUGAUCCACACCAACAUCGACGGCUACGGGAUGCCGACGAGGAUGGGCCACGUGGACAUCUACGUCAACGGCGGGGAGUACCAGCCGGGGGACCUCACGAUCCUGCCCUGCACCUCCACCUGCAGCCACUUCAGGGUGCUGUGGUUGUGGGUCUCUGCUCUCAAACAUCCCAACAAGUUUUUGGCGUUGCGGUGUAAUAGUAUUCAAGACGCGAGGGACUCCCAGUGCUACGGGGAGCCUCAGGUGGUCAAUUUGAUGGGGAAUAAGGUGGAGGUUAAAAUACACGGCGUGUUCUAUCUGGCGACCACACAUACGUACCCGUUUUAUUUGGGAAAGAAGGGUCUGAAGCAGGAGUACGUUUGGUGGAGGAGAAUCGACGCUGGGAACGACACGGUGGUUUAUACCUGAAGCGGUAGGGGGGAGAUAAUAAGGAUAUUACCGAUUCAGAAGACGAACGAGAAAAUUUCGCUAACAGACUGCUUUUAGGUUACGGAGAUGGGUAUAUGAGUGUUAAUUUUGUAAAUAUUGUAAAAUAAAAAGUUUCAUAUCGAGCGUUGGA